AUGGCUGUUCCUCCCCAAGGCCGCAGCAGAACCCUCGUCGUCCUCCUUCUCCUUCUCCUCUCCCUCUCUGCUGGGAGAGUCUCUUCUUCUUCUUCUUCGUCUUCUUCUUGCCUCCGCCGUGACGCCAACAGAGCCGUCUAUGCCGCCGCCAAGUCCGCCGGCGAGGCCGCCGGCUACGUAUCCCACCUCCUCCGCAGCACAUCGCCGAACUCGGUGGCCCUCAAAGACUGCCGUGAGCUGCUGGGAGACUCCGCAGAGCAGCUCAACAAGACGGCAAGGCAGCUCCGCCGGCUCCGGCCGGAGACCUUCACCUGGCAGGUGGACAACGCCCUAACGUGGACCAGCGCCGCCCUCACCAACCAAGACACCUGCGUCCAAGGGCUCCGGGAAGUGAUGAAGGGCACUAGCGGCAAAACCAGGGAGGCCGUCGUUAGGAGAGUCUCCCAUGUCUCCCGGCUCACGGGAAACGCCCUCCACCUCAUCAACCGGCUCGCAUCGACCAACGGCCGGGGCCUCUGA